AAGACAGCUCUGUAUGGAGGAUGAAUUUUGACCAGAAGGCUGUGAAAUUCCUGGCAAAUUUCUACAUCAAUGGGGGCAAACACUGGACUCAUGGCCCCCUUAGUCAGAAGCCUCUAUGUCCCACCCAGCCUGAGGCUACUGUGGUGUUGAGAAGCGCGGAUGAGAUGCGGCUGCCAAACAGGAAGGGAGCCUCAGCCGGCCUCAGGCUAGGAACAUGCACCCCCAAGACGUGCCACCCUAUCUGCUCCGGGACCCUGAAGGAGCUGCCAUUGGCUGCAAGCACCCGGGCCGAGGUGCGUGUCCCCUUCCUUCCUGGCUCCCCGCAGCCAGCUCCUGGGAUUCCCAGCCUGGGAAUGGGUGCGUCCCUCCCUGAAGCGCCCACCGACGAUUACUCCACCACAGAGGGCGGCGGCCGCAGGGCGUGGCAGACCAUGUGGCUUCAGAACGAAAGCCCGUUCCCGCAGAAGGCCGACUUUAACCGAGAGCAAAAGUGGCCAUCUCCCGCCGAUGAUGGGCCGCUCAGCCGAACUUCCUUCCCGGCCUUCAGCUUCGGAGGCCGUCGCCGAAGCAUUUCCAAGACUCUUUCGGGCCUUGCCCGCCCAGGCCUGCUCCGGGGCAGGGGCCCUCGUGCCCAUCUCCCGCCCCAGGCUUCUGUGCAGGCUCCGGCUGAGAAGCGCCCCAGCCCCAACACCUACGACAUCCUUCCCGGGUACCGUCUGCAGAACCCGCGCUCACCUGCCUUUGCCUCCUGGUUCAGUUCCUCCCAAACCCCGGGCCCGGCUGCCUACUAUGUGGAGGACUGCUACAAUUCACGCUUCCCCUCUGCGCCUGGAGUGGUCAUACAGGGUGUGCGAAGACCCAAGCGCCACGACACAGGCCCCUUCUGCACGCUCUAAGCCUGCUGGGCCCUGCUGGCUUGGCUUGUUAUUUAGUGGAAUGCUGGUCUCCCUUGGAGCCUCCUCCUGGAACUUGGGGCCUGGGGCUUGGUCUUCUGACCCUCCAGGCACCACUGAUUCCCUUUCUGACCAGCAGACCCUCUGUGGGCUGUGACAAGGAGAGCCCAGCCCAGACCCCCACCUGCCCAUCCCCUGCUGUACUGAGAUGCAGUUGUUCUCCCACACUC